UCAUCCGGAGAAGAGUAGGCGGCGGUUGGUCCUGUCAGUAGCUGUCUCCGCCCUGGGUUAGGGAGGACAGACAGUUGCCAUGGUGACAGACAUAGGAGCCAAUAGUCAGGGCAGGUGUGAGGUGACGCUCCGGAGGCGGGGCCUGCGAGUGGAGCGGAGGAGGAGGGGGAGCGGCGAGGCCGGCUGCACGAUACGCCGGGGGCGGCUAGCGGACAAGCAGCAGCAAUUCUCUCAGUGCCAGGCGCAGGAGGCGGGGACAGGUCUCCGGGUACCGGGCCGCGCAGCCCGGCCUCUCUCCCAUGCCUCGGGAAGCCGCUGCAGAGGGGCGGCGGCGACGACGGAGGUGGAGGCGGAGAAGCGGUGGUGUGAGGACCGUUGCAUGCCGCCGGGGAGCGGCGGGGGACGAUGCGCGAGUAUAAGGUGGUGGUGCUGGGGAGCGGCGGGGUCGGCAAAUCUGCUCUCACCGUGCAGUUCGUCACCGGCACCUUCAUCGAGAAGUACGACCCGACCAUCGAGGACUUCUACCGCAAGGAGAUCGAGGUGGACUCGUCCCCCUCUGUGCUGGAGAUCCUGGACACGGCCGGUACCGAGCAGUUCGCCUCUAUGCGGGAUCUGUACAUCAAGAACGGCCAAGGCUUCAUCCUGGUGUACAGCCUGGUCAACCAGCAGAGCUUCCAGGACAUCAAGCCCAUGAGGGACCAGAUCAUCCGCGUCAAAAGAUAUGAAAAGGUGCCAGUAAUCUUGGUUGGCAACAAAGUUGACCUAGAAAGUGAACGUGAGGUAUCUUCCAGUGAGGGGCGUGCUUUGGCAGAAGACUGGGGGUGCCCUUUCAUGGAGACAUCAGCUAAGAGUAAAACAAUGGUGGAUGAGCUAUUUGCAGAAAUUGUAAGGCAAAUGAACUAUGCAGCCCAGCCGGAUAAAGAUGACCCUUGCUGUUCUUCGUGCAAUAUACAAUAGCGGUUUUAUGUAACUUAGGUAGACAUGAUUAUUUUAGCAGCAAUGGUUAAAAAAAAAAAAAUACUGAUUUACAUUUUUUUUUUUCCAUGUGGUUUACCCAAAGAAAAACAUUGAGAGAGAACUGUGCAGAGCAUCUAAAAUCUGAAUAGCAUUUAAGUAACCCAGGUUAUUUUGAUUUAUUGAAUUCCUGUUGGUAAAUUACUCUAAAAUUAAAUUUUGACAGAGCUGUCACAGCUUUACUUUAUCACCACAUCUAAUUAUUAGAGACCAUGAUUAGACAGGCAUAAUUUUUGCUAAAUUCAGAACGCAGAAUGCUCAAACACCGGAGGUAAGACUGGUUCGUGUUGUCUGAUCCCUGAACUGGACAUUGAGGAACAUAAAUGUACACAAAGACGAGGCACUUUCUAGCUGCGUUUUAGUGCAAAAUGACAUAUUCAGAAAUACCCCAUCCGACAAGAAAUACGUGAAGGAUACUUAAGCGACUGGAUAUACAAGAUGAAGACAUAGGAAUGUUAAUGUACGCAUGGAUAGUCUUGCUUUGGAAAAUGAAGCCAUGUUGUAACCAGAGGAGGGGCCAAACUUUAUUUUCUGUAUGCUUCCCAACGAUCAUGGACCCCUAUACUUCUGAAGCUGUUAUAACAUCUACUGUUGGUGGCUGGUUUUUAUUUAGAAAAACAAUUUGACUUAAAAAUAUGAUGCUAUUUUUUAUUUGAUGCUGACUGGCUAUUGUGAAGUGAGUGUUGCCGUGACAAGGUGCUGAAGUUCUGACCUAUAAUUUAGAUUGACUUGAGUAUUUAUUAUUUGCAUGGGCAACUGCGCACAAAUGCAAAUUACCUGCUUAAUCUUGUCUGAAACUAAAUUUCAAUGGAUUGACCACUUGGGAGCAGAAAAUUGACAUUACAGUCAUUAAAAAAAGAACACCCUCUUACUGCUACAAGCUAGCAUCUUCUAAUAUUUACUAGGAUAGUUUUCUUUAUUUUGUGGGAAUGAGAAGCAGUGUGAAUGUACAGUAUACGUGUAUGUUGGUUUACAAUUACUGUAUUUGAGAUUCGAGCUGAGGUUCCUUGUGUUUUGCUGCACAGCGUAAAACGUGUACAUGACAAUAUCCGGAGAAAUUUUUGGGGUUUUUUUAUAAUUUUUUUGUGGCUCAGAAUAAAUAUGUGUUGUGUCUGUUACACAGAAAAUGCAUUGGGUUUUCUUCUUCCCUGCUUGGGCUGAGGACAGUGGGCUCUAACAAAAUUAGAACAUUUUGAAAUUUUGCUUCUAUCACAUGUACAAGAUUUGUUUACCUCUAUAUAUCGCAUAUUUCUGUUCUUCCUCAACCGCUCCAAAAUAACAACUUUAUUGCAUCAUUUAGCAAUUUAUUUUUGUUCAGUGAAGUAAAUAUGACCAGAAUGUACUGUUAUCUAGCUACAUCUCUUGUAAUUUGUUCCAACAUGUUACAGUCAAAUAUUGUAUUUUGCACAUGUGAUUGACACCUCCAUAAAUAUUUAAGUCAUUUUCUAGCACUGAGAAGUUUGUGCUCCAAUCCCCUUGGAGUGUUUUGCAAGUCUUGAAGGUAAACAAGAGCUUACUAAGAAUACAUUUUUUAUUUUAUUUAAAAAAAAAAAAAGGAUAUGCUUUUUUUUUUUUUUUUUUUAUUCCGUGAAUGAGGAAUAGAAAAGUCUCCAAGAUGGACACACAAUUUUAAAUAUCUUGCAUUUGCCUAUAAUGAUUCUAUAUUUGGGAACUGUCUUUGCAUGUAAUUACAUGGCAAUGAUGUCGAUGUCCAUAAUAUCAUUAGAGGAACAGGUGUUCUGGUUUUUGCAGCACACAUUUUUCAACAACUGGCAACAAAUAAACUAUAUUUAACUUAAA